UUGAAAACGCUUGAAUUUUGCGAAAUUCAAUCAUUCAAUGGGCUAUUGAACUUUGCUGUGUUGGUAUCGCGGUUCGCCACUUGCCGCUCAGGUGGCGCCAAAGUCAAGCGGAGAAGAGAAACAGAAACAUGAGUGCCGAAACAGAUGAUUCCGAGAAAAAGGGCCUGUAUCUUUUCGGACGGGAUGUGUCCCAAAUUCCCUGUUUCCGAAGUUCCUUCCUGAGCGGAAUAGGCACCGGGUUCGCCGGCGGCUUGGCUUACUUCAUGUUCACGAGCAAGCCUGGCAACGCGACACACGUUGGCUUUGCCUGCUUUUUCUGCUCCACCUUUGUUUACUGGGGCAUUUGCCGGUACAAUUACGCGGUGACCAAAUUUACGACGGCGCGGAUACAAGAAGCGACGGUAAUGCCGAGGCGAAAGAUCAUCGUAGAGGAGAAACCGGUCGACGCGUGAAACGGUAAAGAGAAAGACUAUUUGUGUAUAUAGUUUGAAAGUGAAAUAUAGCCAACUUGGCUUCUCCGCGGAGCAUUAUGUGCUUUUUUCACUUAUGUAAAGAACGGAAAAUUGAAUAUAUGCGCUUGAAAAUAAAAUACUGCGCCGAUGAAAGAAAAUAAAAACUAUUAAAUUAUACAGAAA